AUGAAGUUUUCUCUCGUUGCCUCGGUCGUGACGGCCUUUUCAGCCGGCGCAAAUGCAUAUGCUAUAUCUGCUGAAGACGCCUAUCUCGAAGGCUUGACUGCGCUUGGUCACCUGCGACGAGCUCUCCCCAACUCUCCCAAUGGUUAUACUCCUACGUCGAGGGACUGUCCAAGCAAUGCACCCUCAGUGAGGGCCGCUGCCGAGCUUUCGUCACAAGAGACGGCAUGGCUAGAAAGAAGAAGAAACAAUACAGUCGAGCCUAUGCGAGACCUGUUGACGCGGCUCAAUAUAACGGGAUUCGAUGCUGGCUCAUACAUUGACAGAGUUUCAAAUAAUGCUUCGGAGCUGCCCAAUAUCGGUAUUGCGGUGUCUGGAGGCGGCUGGCGUGCCUUGAUGAAUGGCGCAGGCGCCAUCAAGGCAUUCGACUCCAGAACAGACAACAACACAGGCCGUGGUCAAUUGGGUGGUCUGCUGCAGUCCGCAACAUACCUGGCUGGUCUCAGUGGGGGUGGUUGGCUGGUUGGCUCCAUUUUCAUAAACAAUUAUACGACAGUGGGCGCUCUACAGUCGCACGACGCGGGCUCUACGUGGCAGUUCGAGAAUUCGGUUCUUGAAGGUCCAGAUAAGGGUGGCCUGCAGAUUCUCGACACCGCUCAAUACUAUGGUAGUCUCUCCGAUGCUGUCACUGGAAAACGAGAUGCCGGGUUCGAUGUUUCGUUGACUGAUGUCUGGGGUCGAGCAUUAUCCUUCCAGUUGAUUAAUGCGACCGAUGGAGGCCCAGCCUACACAUGGUCCUCAAUCAGCCUCGCUCAGGAUUUCCAAGACGCCAACACACCAUUUCCAAUUCUCGUCGCAGAUGCUCGAGCACCAGGGGAAACUCUGAUUCCAGGAAACACCACUGUCUAUGAGUUCAACGCAUUCGAAAUGGGAACAUGGGACCCGACCGCUUACGGCUUCAUACCGAUGCAAUAUUUGGGCACCAAUUUCACCGCUGGAAGCGUACCUAACAAUGACCAAUGUGUUGUUGGUUUCGAUAAUGCUGGAUUCAUCAUGGGUACUUCAUCAUCUCUCUUCAACCAAUUUCUCCUCAAUCUGAAUGGUACCGAUAUUCCACAGUCACUCAGAGAUAUCGUUUCCAGUAUUCUGAACACACUGAGUUCGGACAACAAUGAUAUCGCCGAUUAUACACCAAAUCCGUUCUUUCACUACAACCCGCAAAGCAACCCGUCCGCGAAUUCAUCUCGCCUUACACUUGUCGAUGGUGGAGAAGAUCUUCAGAAUAUUCCAUUACAUCCACUCAUUCAACCAAAUCGUCACGUCGAUGUUAUUUUUGCCGUGGACUCAUCCGCUGACACUGAGUACAUCUGGCCCAAUGCUACUGCUCUCGUUGCAACCUAUCAGCGAUCACUAGCCGACGUGGCCAAUGGCACCACAUUCCCAAGCAUUCCCGAUCAGAAUACGAUAGUUAACCUUGGCCUCAACACCCAUCCGACGUUCUUCGGUUGUGAUACAUCAAACAUGACGGACGGAAUCAACGUGCCGCUGGUGGUCUACAUUCCAAACUCUCCAUACGUUACCUAUAGCAACUUUUCAACUUUUCAACUGUCAACGAACAACAGCUACCGAGAUGCUGUCAUUCUCAACGGCCAGAAUGUUGUCACGAUGGGCAACGGCACGGUAGAUGAGACAUGGCCAGCUUGUGCUGGAUGCGCCAUAUUAAGCCGAAGUCUUGAACGUACUCGCACUGAUAUCCCAGAGGUCUGUAACCAGUGUUUCGAACGGUUCUGCUGGAACGGAACCGUUGACUCGAGGGACCCUCCGCGAUAUGAGCCUACUGUACUUCUCGGUGAGAUCAAUAUCGCGAACAGUGCAGCUACCAGGUCCAUCAAUUGGUUGGCGGCUGGUGUAGCUGCUGCCGGUUUUGUUAUCACCACAAUUUAA